UCUAAAUAAUUUAAUGAUUAAAUAACUAAUAGUUUUGGGUAUAUGGCUGAAGAAUAAAUUAAUCUAUAUUGAUUACAAGAUAACAGUAGGUCGUGACCUAGUGAACGUAGAAUUGUCUAGGGUUGUUUUAUUCUAAUAUAAAAGCACGCCAUUUUUUGAAUAAAUCACUCUUGUAGUCGACUCUGAUUCAAACACAUCUAACACAUCUCUUAAACAUGUACAAAUUCUUUGCUAUUGCUGCCGUUUUGGCUACCGUCAGCGCCAUCCCAGCUGACUACCAAGCCACAUCAUUCGUCAAAUUCAACGACAACCACAACUCUGUCAGUCAUAUCCAAUCUGCUGCCGCUCCUGCAUAUGCUGCCCCAGCUUUCGCUAAAGUAGCUGUACCAUCUGUAGCUAAAGUAGCUCUUCCAGUAGUCACCAAAUACUCUGCCCCCGUUGCUCCAGUUUAUUCUGCUGCUCCAGUUUACUCUGCUGCUCCCGUCGCUUCAGUUUAUUCAGCUGCUCCUGCUCUUACCAAAGUAGCUCUUCCCGUAGUUGCCAAAGUAGCCGCUCCAGUAGCUAAAUAUGUCGCUGCUCCAGCCUACCACGAAGAAGAAUAUGAGAUCAUUCCAUACAAAUACGCCUACGCUGUACAAGACGCCCACACUGGUGACUACCACUCCCAAGAAGAAGAAAGCGAUGGACACCACGUUUCUGGACAGUACUCCCUUCACGAAGCUGACGGUACUGUCAGAAUUGUCAAAUACUCUGACGAUGGACACGGUUUCAAUGCUGUAGUUGAGAAACAAGGAGAACCAACCCCUGCUCCAAUUGUAUACAAGAAAGUUGUAGCUGCUCCACACUACUGA